AUGGAACAAAGCCGAGCAAUCAACGCGCUGGCACCUUUCCUCGCUCUGUCAAAAUCGGCCACAUCAGCUCGCGCGGCUGCCGAUUUGGUCACCCAGGCUACCUCAGCCACUCACACCUACGUCUUUGGCGAGCUGCUCCAGACGCCAAACAUUCAGAGUCUGCGCGACGAUGCUCAAUACCGUAACCACUACACGCUGCUCGAGCUAUUCGCCUGGGGAACCUGGGCUGAAUAUCAGACUCUAGCCUCAACAUUGCCCUCGCUGUCAGCAGUCCAACAACAUAAACUCCAACUUCUCACCCUCCUCACCCUCGCCGCAAACACAACACCCACCACCCCACUCACAUACGCAAACCUGCAAUCUGCACUGUCUCUCGACUCGCCUUUGGCCCUCGAACGCCUAGUCACCGACGCCAUCUACGCAGACCUCCUCACCGCCACCUUGAACCCCGCACAAGGCAUCGUCGCCAUCAGCAGUGUUGCCGCCCUACGCGAUCUCAACCCUGGCAGUGUAACGCGCAUGAUGGCAUCCCUGGAUACAUGGAGCAACACAUGCGACGAUGUGCUCAAAGAGUUGGAGGCGCAGAUGAAGAGCGUGAUGGAUGCUGCCGAGAAGAGGUCUCACGAGGAGGCUGUGCGUGCGGAGCAAGUACAAAGGGCUGAGGGUUUGCCAGGUAAGGAUCAGGUGGUUGAGAUUGAUGCUAUGGAGGUGGAUGAUGGUGGUCAGAAGAGU